CAUUUAAUUUAAGAAUGAAUCAUUGUAUCUUUUAAAUACAUUUCCCAAUUGUCAUACAUAAUUAUACAUAUAUUUAUUACAAGUAAUUUUUUUUAUAUAAGCAAUAUUACAAGUAUUUAGUAAAUGUAAAUGAUUGAUCCGUAAUAAUUUUGUUUUUGAUGAAAAAAUUAUUUAUGGGUAACUGAAGAAAUGCAGAAACCACAGAGCUAGGCAGAACAGAGAGCACACUCUGAGUCUCUAGGAAAUUGGACUAACUGAUCUCCCAUUUAUUUUAUUUACUUAAUCAAAAAUUAUAAUCUUUUUAACCUCACACAAAAUAUUUAAAAGUUCCACCCCAUUUCUUCAUCAUAAUAAUAUAAAGUAGCACUUCACUUCCUCUUCAAAAAAAAAAAAAAAAAAAAAGAAAAAGAAAAGAACAAAAUCCAUUAAAAAAAGGAUUUAAAAAAAUUAAUUAAAGAAGUAAUUAAUACAAUAAAAAAAAUCUACCCAACUUUCUUUUUUGGCUCUAUUAAUACUCAAUCAACAUCAUGGUGUCACCCUCACAACUUGAAAUCUUAGUUUUGACAAACACAAAUUCUCCUUCAGAGUGCUGUCUAAGGCAGUAUCUCUCUCUCUCUUUUUAUGUUUUUUUUCUCUUCAUUCUUCAUUUUUCAUUCCAUAAAAGCAUAAAACAUUGGAGCAAAUAAAAAAAUAAACAAUGUGUAAUCCGCCUGAAAAUAACCAAAUUCUUACAAUUUCAAAAACACCACCACAAUAUAAUCAUCCUCCCCAACACUCCAAUAUAUAUUUGGAUCUUUUAUCGUUAACCAAUAAAAACGACGACGCGGAAAGGUUCACCAGCAUUGGUGUUGUUGAGGUCGGAAAUGUUGUUAGUGGUGAUUCUGGUUCUGAUCACAACAAUAACAACGACCCAUCAUUGUUGUUUCCUACCGUAUCCGACGUUUUAAAAGAGAGUAGUUCACUCUUUUACUUGGCAUUUCCAAUACUCUUAACCAACCUCAUCCUUUACUCCAGGUCGAUGAUGUCAAUGGUUUUCUUAGGCAGAAUCGGGGACGCCGAGUUAGCGGCCGGUUCUCUAGCCAUUGCGUUUGCGAAUAUCACCGGUUAUUCGGUGUUUUCGGGUUUGGCUCUGGGGAUGGAGCCUUUGUGUUCGCAAGCAUUUGGUGCUUGUAGACCGAAGCUCCUCUCGCUUACGCUUCAACGGUGCGUGAUAUUCUUGCUGGUUUGCUGUUUGCCAAUUUCGGUAUUUUGGUUGAAUAUGUCAAGCAUUUUGGGGUACCUUCACCAAGACCCAAAUAUUGGUAAAUUGGCUCAUAUUUAUAUCACAUUUUGUCUCCCUGACCUUUUUACUUAUUCCUUUCACCAUCCAAUCAAGAUUUACCUUCGUGCGCAAGGUAUUACUCACCCUGUCACCUAUGCAUCCCUAGUCGGGGCCAUCCUUCACUUUCCCAUCAUGUUUUUUCUUGUUGUUCACCUCGACCUCGGGAUUGCCGGAGUUGCUGUUAGCAACUCCGUGUCCAACCUCGUAUCACUAGGGGCCCUAGUGAUGCAGGUUUGGCUCGGCGGGCUUCACUCUCCUACGUGGAGCCCGCCCAGCCGCGAGUGUUUAAAAGACUGGUGGCCCCUGGUGCGCCUCGCGGGUCCCAGCUGCGUCUCCGUCUGCCUGGAGUGGUGGUGGUACGAGAUCAUGAUCGUGCUAUGUGGCCUGCUCCCGAACCCCAAGGCAUCAGUGGCGUCGAUGGGGGUGCUGAUCCAGACCACCGGGUUGAUCUAUAACUUCCCGGCCUCGCUCAGCAACGCCGUAUCCACCCGUGUCGGGAACGAGCUAGGAGCGGGCCGGCCCAAACAGGCCAAGCUAUCGGGUUUUAUUGGAAUCACCUGGGCCGCAAUAAUGGGCCUUACAGCUAUGAUGUUUGCUUAUGGGGCAAGGAAUGUAUGGGCUAGGAUGUUUACCGGAGACGUCGAGAUCCUAGCUCUAACCGCAGCGGCGUUGCCAAUAUUGGGGCUUUGCGAGCUCGGAAACUGCCCACAAACGAUAGCAUGUGGGGUGGUAAGGGGGAGUGCCCGGCCAGCAACAGCUGCAAAUGUGAACUUAGGGGCCUUCUAUAUGGUGGGGACACCAAUAGCGGUUGGGUUGGCUUUCUAUCUUGGAGUUGGCUUUUGUGGGCUCUGGAUUGGGCUUUUGUCGGCCCAGAUAUGCUGUGCUGGGCUGUUAUUGUAUGUUGUUGGGACCACUGAUUGGGAUUAUCAAGCACAACGGGCCCACUUGCUGACUCAAAUUGGUGGGCCUGCCCCUUCUUUAGAAUUAACGACAACCGUUGAUUCAUCUUUGGUCAUGAUUCAUGAUGAAGCUGAUCGAAUGGAGGAAAAUGAUCCAACUGCAGGUGAAUCUGAGCCGUUGAUUUCUAUCUCGGUGACGUAAUAGUAUUUAAUCGGUGAUGAAUAAACCUAUUUAAAAAUAAUAAAUUAUAAUAAUAAAAUUGGACUUUCUUUCAUAUACUCAGUAGAAAUUUUAAUUUUUUUUUUUUUUUUUUUAGAUCGGU